UCGUUAGAAAAAGCGCCAUAUCACAAAUAAUUCGUGAAAGAAGAACUCCAGAACGAAAGGGUCACAUCCCGCUGGUGGAAGCCAGUCUAACAAAACCAAUGGAGGACCAGCUAGAAAGGUUCAUAAACUAGUUCCUAAACCCCACUCCAAAGUCCUAAUCCGUAUCCUUUUAUUCCCCCGUUCCCUCUGAGCUGCGCCCACUGAAUCCAGGUCAUCACUGCACUUUGUUCGUGUGAUCGUAUCAUCGUGUACUUUGCUUCCAGAGCCAGGAACCACACCACCAACCACUUCUCGCGCUCUCCAGCUCACUGGUUCUUGCCGAGAAAACGGAGGAGAAGAUUGAAUCUUUUUGCCAUCACUCUUGCUCAUCUGUUCUUCAUUCAGCGCCAUGGGCAGUACGCUGCUUCGGGUCUAUCCUUCUGAGCUCAAGAUUCCCUAUGAGGUCAAGAAGCAGCGGUCUUGCUGCAUGGAGCUGACGAACAGGACCGGCCAGUACGUGGCCUUCAAGGUGAAAUUUCCUGUCCUUGUUGCUGUUUCGAGCUGCUGCUGCUGCUGCCGUGCAUUGGGAGGGGGAAUGAUUGGCUCCUUCGAUGUCCCAAUACGUAGGUGAAAACAACGAACCCAAGGAAAUACUCUGUGAGGCACGCCUGCGGGUUGGCAUUGGCGCAGUUACUAUGCAGGCUCCAAUGGAAAUGCUAUCUGAUCACCACUGCAAGGACAAGUUCCUUGUGCAAAGUGUCGUGGUGCGGGAUGGGGCGACGAUGAAAGACUUCCUUCCCGAACUGUUCGUUAAAGCACCAGGUAGGGUAAUUGAGGAGUUCAAGCUGCGCGUGGUGUACGUUGCUGCUAAUCCUCCAUCACCGGUUCCAGAGGAAGAAGAGGAAGAGGAUUCAUCCCCUCGGUCAGAGGUGAUAGUCUGUGAAGAGAAAAGAUCACAUGUAUUUAAUGCUGCACCUACUUAUAUACGGGCAUCUGGAGAAGAACUUUCAUGUGCUGAGGUUACCUCUGUAAAAUCAAGGAUGGCUGAAGAGAAGGAAUGUGCAAUUGCGGUAGAAGAAAAACUGAACCUUCAAUACAAAAUGGAACUGCUCGAAGAAACCAGAUCAUCUCAACAACAAGAAGGAUUCUCACUGAUGUUUGUAGUGUUCGUCUUCAUGUCAUCUGUGUUCAUUGGACACUUAAUGAAUGACAUCAAGGUUUAGGCAGAUGGAUGCUUCUACAACAACCACUGUCACCAUUGCACUCUCCGUCGAAAUUGUUUCUUCGUUCAAUUCACAUUUGAGUAUAGCUUCAUUCUCAGUAGCAAACAGUAUAUACUGUAUCUAGAAAUAGAAAACGUUUCAUCAGGAACCUGCAGUUCGGAGUUGUAUAAACCCACAGGAUUUCCUAACAGUACUACUUUCCAAUGGCCUGUCCAUUUAACAGAUAUUUCCUCCA